AUGGCCGACGCCGAGGACAUCCAGCCCCUCGUCUGCGACAAUGGUACCGGUAUGGUCAAGGCUGGGUUCGCUGGAGAUGAUGCUCCCAGGGCCGUCUUCCCCAGCAUCGUGGGCCGCCCACGCCACACCGGUGUCAUGGUCGGGAUGGGGCAGAAGGACGCCUACGUUGGUGACGAGGCGCAGUCCAAGAGGGGUAUCUUGACUCUCAAGUACCCCAUCGAGCACGGUAUCGUCAGCAACUGGGACGACAUGGAGAAGAUCUGGCAUCACACCUUCUACAACGAGCUCCGUGUCGCCCCAGAGGAGCACCCUGUCCUUCUCACUGAGGCGCCGCUCAACCCCAAGGCCAAUCGUGAGAAGAUGACACAGAUCAUGUUCGAGACCUUCAACACUCCUGCUAUGUACGUCGCCAUCCAGGCCGUCCUCUCGCUGUACGCCAGUGGUCGUACCACAGGUAUCGUGCUGGACUCUGGAGAUGGUGUCAGCCACACUGUCCCCAUCUACGAAGGAUAUGCUCUCCCCCAUGCUAUCCUUCGUCUCGACUUGGCUGGGCGUGAUCUCACCGAUCACCUCAUGAAGAUCCUGACUGAGCGUGGUUACUCAUUCACCACCACCGCUGAGCGGGAAAUUGUGAGGGACGUGAAGGAGAAGCUGUCCUACAUUGCCCUGGACUAUGACCAGGAAAUGGAGACUUCCAAGACCAGCUCUUCUGUGGAGAAGAGCUAUGAGCUGCCUGAUGGGCAGGUUAUCACCAUUGGUUCUGAGCGUUUCCGUUGUCCUGAGGUUCUCUUCCAGCCAUCCUUCAUUGGGAUGGAAGCUGCAGGUAUUCAUGAGACUACCUACAACUCCAUCAUGAAGUGCGACGUGGAUAUUAGGAAGGAUCUGUACGGCAACAUUGUUCUUAGUGGUGGUACCACUAUGUUCACUGGAAUCGCUGAUAGGAUGAGCAAGGAGAUCACUGCCUUGGCUCCUAGCAGCAUGAAGAUCAAGGUUGUUGCUCCUCCUGAAAGGAAGUACAGUGUCUGGAUUGGAGGAUCCAUCUUGGCAUCUCUCAGCACCUUCCAGCAGGUAUAUAAACAUUGCAGCAUCGUACUUCAUUCAUUUCAUUCAUGGAUUUUGGUUGCUUUGCUUACAGUGUUGCUUGUUGUUGCGCUUGCAGAUGUGGAUUGCAAAGGCUGA